AUGUGUCGCCAUGGCAACGCCGGGGACGCAGCUGGAGGCCGCGGGGCGACGGGUCUGCGCACCUGGUCUAAAACGAUGGCGGCGGAGACCUCGCUGCCGUCCUUGCUCGCCCUGGCAGAUCUCCUCUCCGGUCCUCGCGGUGAGGACGAGGAGGAUGACGAGCCGGGCCAGGGCCGGCCUUCGUCUGCAAGCAACAUGGGGCCCGGGCACAUUAGGGCUCCGAAGACCGUGGAGCCCGCCGCCACCACUCAUGUGAAAUCUGGGAACAGCAAAGAGAUCUGGAGUGCAGAAGAGGUGCCGGAGGGAUCAGAGUAUGAUGAUUCUUGGGACUACAGAGAACAACCUGAAUAUGAAAUUUUGUUCAAGCAGCAGGUGGGGACUGAGGACCUGUUCCUGGGGACGAGCAGAAAGGACCCUUCCACAGCCUGCUGUGAGGACAUGCUAAUUAAAAUCCAGUUGCCAGAUACAAAGGCUUCAGACAUCGCUCUUGAUAUCAAGGAAAAGGUUCUUGAUCUUCGGAGCCCCCAGAAGAAGCUCCUCUUGCACCUGCCACACCCUGUGGACCCCAACAAUGGAAAGGCCUGCUUCCUUCCUGAAAAGGGCACUCUGGAAGUCACCUUGCGCAUGAAGCGAGAGUUUGAUUUCAUCAACUUUGCUUGAAAAGAAUGGGGGAAGCUCCAUAAAAGGGGUAUUGAUUGAGAGACUUUAAAAGCCUGAUUGAGAGUGUUCAGUAAGGCAAUCAAGCAGAAAGGGAGAACUCUUUCCUUCUCCACUUCUAA